UCUUCCUCUUCCUCUUCGUCUACUUCUUCCUCUUCGGCGAGUUGUGUUUCUCCGGAUUCCUCCGGCUCGGAAUUCCAGUCGCUGAAUUCGAUGGACACGUCCCACGCUACAGCAGCACUGCUGCAGCAGCAGCUGCAGCUGCAGCCACCACCAUCGCCUUCUGCCAGCGCAGCGUCUCCUUCUAUCGACGCUACCAGCAGCAGCAGCCUCACCAACAGCAGCAGCAGCAUCAACAGCAGCAGCCUCACCAACAGCAGAUCGCCCACGUAA